AUGUCCUUGUACGUUCUGCCCAAACAGCCUCCUAUCACCGGUACAUCUCUCACAAUGCCGCCACUCAAGCACCUUUCGACUUCUAUGGUCCGUGGUUUUGGGUUGGUGCGUUGGGCCGAUCUCAGUUUGAAAACUCACGCUGUUCCUGACUGGAUGAUUGCUCAGUACAUUGUGAUGUACAUCGAAGAAUCUCAGGCAUUACCUAUGCCUAAACAACAAGAUAGAAUUAUUACUUUAGAUGAUUGGGAGACUCCCGUGUAUCUAAACAUUGCACUUCCACUUGACGGGGACCCUGAAGUUGUCAUCGUCGAGAACUAA